AUGCCUUCCUUCAACGACGCACCCACCCCGCAGAACACACCUGCCUCCGCAGCUGGGUCUUAUAUGCCAAAGAAUGCGUCCCUUGACAUUCCGUCAACAAUUUCAGAAAACUCUGAACUCUUGAAAGGUAUGUUGGCAAACAAUCCUGCAUUGUUGGCCUCGAUCCAGGCGAAGUUGGGAGAACUAGUGGGUGUUGAUUCUGGAUAUUUUUCCUCUUUGCCUAAGAAGGCCAAGGAGGGCGUCUAUGUGUUGAAGACGUUACAAGAGAAGCAGUACGUUAUUGAAGCUGAGUUUCAAGCAGAUCUACUAGAGUUGGAGAGGAAGUAUGCCGACAAAUAUAAGGCUAUUUAUGAGGACAGAAAGAAAAUAGUCAAUGGUGAAGUUGAGUUGAAGAAGGAAGAUAUUGAACAUGGCAAGGCUGUCCUUGAAGAAGAAUUGGGUGAUGAAGAAGAGGAAGAUGGUGAUGAAAAUGGAAACGGAAACGGAAAUGGAAAUGGAAAUGGAAAUGAGGACGAGGAUGAUGCAAAGGAGAAUGCCAACGUUAAAGGCGUUCCCUUUUUCUGGCUUACAGCUAUGCAAAAUCUGCCUCCUGUUGCAGAUAUGAUUUCCGACCGUGAUGUGCCGGUGUUGGAGCACUUGGUUGAUUUAAGAAUGGAAUAUAUGGAUAAACCUGGCUUUAAAUUGAUUUUUGAAUUUUCGCCAAAUGAGUAUUUUAAGAAUAAGCAGAUUGUCAAAACUUACUAUUACCAAAAGGAAUUGGGUUACACCGGAGAGUUUGUGUAUGACCAUGCAGAGGGCAAUGAAAUUCAAUGGACUGAUAACAAACAUAAUGUUACAGUGGAAAUCGAAUUAAGAAAACAAAGAAAUAAACAUACUAAACAAGUCAGAACCAUUGAGAAAACAACCCCAACUUACUCCUUCUUUAACUUCUUCUCUCCCCCAAGUUUACCUGGAAACGCAGCGAACGGUGAUGAAGGCGAUGAGGAUGACGAAUUUGAAGAAGUCGAUGAAGAAUUAGAAGCUGCUUUGCAGAAUGACUAUUCGGUAGGUGAAUUGAUCAAGGAAAAACUAAUUCCUAGGGCUGUUGACUGGUUCACUGGUCACGCACUUCAGUUUGAACCUGAUUUCCAACAAGAAGAGGAGGAAGAAGGAUUCGACGACGAAUAUGAUGACGAUGAUGACGAUGAGGGGGUAAGUGAUGGUGGUGCUGGCCAUGAUGAAGAUGGUGAUGAUGACGACGACGGAGAUGAUGAACCAGAACAAAAGCCGGAAUGCAAACAACAGUAA